AUGAAGCAAAAGAUUGUGAUAAAAGUCCCGAUGGACGAUUCGAAGAGGGGGUCAAAGGCCAUGAAAAUUGCAGCCAGCGUAGAAGGUGCAACAUCCGUUGCGGUGGACAGCGAUAAGGACCAACUUGUUGUGGUCGGCGACGGAGUUGACCCGGUCGAGUUGACAAAGGUGCUUAGAAAGAAGAUAGGAUUCACAGAGCUCAUUAGCGUCGAAGAGGUCCAUGAGAAUAUAGAGAAGAAGGACGAAGGAGGGGGCGAGAAGAAAGACAAGGGAGGUGGGGGAGAGGGAGGUGGUGGCAGCGAGAAGAAGGACAAGCCAGACGAUAGUGAGAAGAAGGACAAAGAAGGCGGCGGCAGAGCUGGCGAGAAGAAUGACAAGGCUAACGGAGAACUGAGAAAGAUGGGGGCGAACAAAGUGUACGGCGGCUGGUUCAUGUAUGGGCCUGGUACAUGUGCGGAGGCUGUCCUAGACGAACCAAAGCAAGAAGAAUGGCUGCCGACUGUGGCCCAUUAAGAAAGAGAAAAACUUGCACUGGGUUCGCAUUAAUAAUGUCUGUAUGCCAUUCAAUAUAGCAUGUGGAGCAGGGACGGUGACAAUCCAUCUCUGAGAGUGGACCAACAGCUUCUCUCCAUCCCUUGUGGUAGUUUGGUUUUAGUGGGACAUUGAUUUCCGUUUAUUUUCCUUUUUAUUUAUUUAUUUAUGGAGACUGCCAUGUAAGGAUAUGGAUCAAGCUGAUAUUUAUGUUCAGUUCAUCCA